AUUAAUCCAUUUAUAAAUGUUCAGAAAUCAGAAAUCCAUCAACGAAUCUACGAUUUUGUCGCAAUUGCAGGAGAUCUGCACAUAUAGAAAUGUCGACAUCUAGACCAGUAACUCCGGCUUCUCCUCGAUUAAUUAAGAUUAAAUCGCCACAACCUGGAGUUCCUAAAUAUGGCUGUCAGCAUAUUCAACAACUAUUGAAUCCGGCUCAUGAUGAACGUAUGAGAAAUACAAUUACAUAUUAUAAGAAUUGUUUGAGAGUGGUUCUAGAUAACACACCAAUUGUACCUCAGACAUCUAAGACGCCAAAAGGCCCGCCCCUCACUUCUCUGACGCCAAAUUACCUCUGUUUGCAAUGUGAACGAACGGCUACGGCUCAGGAUCAUGUAAAGCAUGGCCAGGAGACUUCGCAUAGAUUUUAUGUUGAAUCAAGGACGGGAGCUUUGUUUUGCCAAAUGUGCAGUGAUUUCGUAUGGGAUCCUACACUAGAGGAAUUGAGAGUGCGCAAAAUUGGUACUGGGUCUUUUUCUAGUCGGAAGCGAAAACAUGAUGAACUUUUUACAGACGCCACCAAAGAUGACCCAAGAUUUAUAUCUACAAAUACAAUGUCAGCUCCUUGUAGAGCAAGUGGUGUUAGGGGUAUCUAUAAUAUGGGAGCCACCUGUUACAUGAACGUCAUUCUCCAAUCUUUCGUUCAUAAUCCUCUGCUUCGAAAUUUUUACCUCGGAGACGGUCACCAAGCAAGCGAAUGCGAACAAAAGAAUUGUAUGAGUUGCGCUAUGGAUGAUAUGUUCCAAGAUUUCUAUUCGCAAGAGAUUACAACAGGAUAUUCAGCCUCGAAUAUACUUGCUAGCUUUUGGCUUUCAAAGAGAAAAGCAUACGAAGAAUUGGCAAGUAAUAAAGAGCAAGACGCUCAUGAGUUCUUCCAAUUUCUUACCGAGGAGUUGCACGAAAUUAAUGGUGGAUCACGAGCAAGCGAUCCAGAGGAUAGCAGCCCAAAUCCUAAGCGAUCAAAAAUGGAUCAAGGCUGCAAAUGCAUCGUCCACCAGACAUUUUAUGGGAAGCUCCAAAGCACUAUCACAUGUCAGAAUUGCGGAGACGUGAAUACAUCGGUCGAGUCCUUCCUAGAUCUAAGUUUAGGUCUUGAUGUUAUUCAGAAAAAGAGCAAGCUAAAAGCAGCCACUGGCACGAUAAGUCUCCAACGUUGUCUAGACGAAGAGUAUAUUCGACCUGAACGUUGCGAGUAUUCAUGUAAUCAAUGCGAUACUUCAGAGGCAAAGAAGCAACUUAGUAUCAAAAGCCUACCCAACGUAUUGUGUAUUCAACUUAAGCGCUUCAAACAAGACCCCAGAGGUCUGGCUUCAAAGAUCGAUACUACUGUCACCUUUCCACUUCAAUUACACAUGCUUCCUUACACCAAUCGUGCUCGUGGUGUAGACACGAAGAACAAUUUUGAGCUAGCCAGAUCGUGUACUUAUGAUUUGCAGAGUGUUGUGGUUCAUGUUGGAAACUUGGAAACUGGUCACUACGUAUCCUACUCUCGAGUCGGAAAUCAGUGGUUUAAGUUCAAUGACCAUAAUGUUACGUUGGCGAGUAAGAGUCAAGUGUUGAACGAACAAGCUUUUCUACUAUUCUACGUAAUUCAGAGUCUCGCUUGAAGAUGUGAUUGGGAGUGAGGCUGGCAUAAGUAGGAUACGUAUCAUAUACAUAAUAGUAAGAACGAAAGGACCCGUCAUUAUAUGAGAGGAACUUUGGAGAGCAGAGUGGAAUGCUGGAAUAUGGUAUACACAUAAAGUGCUUUGGGUUGGAGCUUCGGGCAUAAGGUUUUGCAUUCAAGGCGUUAACGUUGCGGGUAUUGCUUGGUGGGAUAUGGAGCAGGAUUUGGCUGGGGGUGCAUACUUGGUGAUUCAUGGAUGAUAGAGAUUUGAAGGGAGACGGAAAAGAGGGGAAAAAUGGGGGUUAUAAAAGGUGUUUCUUUAUUUCUCAAAGGGAAAUACUUGUUUAUAUUACUUUACAUAUACCCAUUAUACAA